AUGAGCGCGAGCACCGAGCAAAUCCCGGUGGCCACCUUCAUCGAUGACAUCGAUAAGUACAUGGUAAAGGAGGGCUCGGCCGAGGCGGCGCUGGAGAAGCUGCAGGCCUUCUACUCCGCCUGCAAGGCGAUCGAGCAGCGGAUGUCCCAGCGCAAGAAGCGGCUGCAGGCGAAGGUGCCCGACAUUGAGUCCACGUACAACGCUCUGCUCCAGAUGCAGCAGCGGCCCGGACUCAACCCGCCAGGAAACACCUGA